AUGCCUCGUGCGGGAAAAUAUGUUCGUGCACCGCUCUCCGCAACCUGUGUCGACGUUGAAGAUUUGUCCUCCGAUGAAGCAGAAGCCGGAAGAUUUGUGCGUGCGCCUCAAGAUCCUCGAUCCAAUGCCGAAGAAGACCAGUUUGCUCAUUAUUCGUCCAUUGUGCCAGAUUACCAAAAGCGUUUAGAAGUGCGAGUACAUGAAUUGGAAAAUGAAUUGAGCAGCCUCCGUCGGCACUCACGUGAAGAAUACGCAGAUGAGGUUAGCUUUCCAACAAUCCCGUAUAUCGAGCCGCCCAAGCCAUCAGUCCCUUCCACAAACGGGGGUGUCAUUCGUUGGGACAACAUCAAGCCCUUCCCGAAGAAUGUAGCUGCGACCAAGAUAAGUGUUGGGGGUGAAGAUUACUACCUGAAAUUCGUAAGUAACAUUGAUAAAUACCUCAAAGAUAUGACGGAUCCCGCCGCAGAGCACGAAGACUUUUCAAAAAUGUGCCAGGAAGAGGGUGAAUCAGCAGUGAAGUUUCAUGCUCGCCUUACGGAAAAGGUUCUCCUGUGCGGUUACAGUCCAGCGGAUCAGGAUCGAUUCGUUCGAACCCAACUUUUGAGAGGCCUUCGUAACCAGGAGUUGAAAAAAGCAGCAAGAACAUACGGCCAUGAUUCCAACACAAUUGUACAGGCGGCUACGCGGGCUGAAGCAUUCCAAGCGGAGAUGACCUCCAAAGAGGAAUUAAGUGCACUUGCAAUAAGCAGCAGCAGGUUCAGAGGCUCGGAGAUCCAGCAUAAGCGUGAGCCAGGUGUUCAACAACCAGUCCGUCAUCCAACGAAGCGAUUCAAUUCUGGCAGAACACAUCCUUAUCAGCAACGACCAAGUGCCAGCCGUCGUUAUAGAUGUUCAAGAUGCUUCAGACCAUCACAUGGAGGAAGAGAAUGCCCAGCUAUGAGGAAAAAUUGUAAUGCAUGUGGUCAACGUGGCCAUUUCGCAGCAGCUUGUCGUGCAGAAUCAGUAAGCAUGGUAAAGGAUGGGAACGGAGCGAUUCCUAAGGACGAAAAUCAUGGAGAACAGCAUAUCAAUGCUUUGUCCCUUCAGGAUGUGCUUGUAGAUUGUCGCAUUGGUCAGUCCAGUCCUAUUAAAUUCCUAAUCGAUUCUGGUGCAGACGUAAACGUCAUUGGUGGCGCAGAUUGGGAUAGGCUGGAAAAGCAGUUUGAGUCGGGGAUGGCUUUCUUUACACAUAAUACAACUCCGCAUAAUACUUCUAUUCGAGCAUACGCUGCGAAUAAGCCAAUGCAUGUAACAUGUAGCUUCAGGGCUACAGUAGAGGUGAUCGGGUUCGAUAAACCAGUAGUUGCAGCUGAGUUUCUGGUCGUAGAGGAAGGAAGAAGUUCACUUUUGGGAAGAGCAACGGCUAGCGACAUGGGUUUGCUGAAAGUAGGCGAAAUGGUCAAUGCUUGUGAAGAAUCCUCAAUAUUUCCGAGAAUGCCUGAUGUGAAAAUCAAAUUUAGUGUUGAUUGUUCCGUUCCACCGGUACGCAAUGCGUACUACAACAUUCCUGCUGCUUACCGAGAGGAGCACGUCGGCGACUAG